AUGGCUGCCCUAGCCCGCCAACCCACGCGCUCCAUCCUCCUCCAGACGCCCAUCGUCAUCCUAUUCCUCACCUCAACCAUGGGCGCCAUCGCCAUCCUUAUAUUCUACACCAUCCAGGUGCCUGCGUUCGGCGCGGUGCCCCCGUAUAUCGACCACGAGAUCUUCCAGCUGAGCGUGGUGCUGUCGGUGACGGAUCGGGUCAAUUAUCUGCUCAGUGACCUCAUCGUCGUAUGGCGUGCUUGGGUAUUAUGGCCUGACAACAAACUCGCCCGCGCCGCGUUGGUAGUAUGUAUGUGCGGGAGUACGGUCGGCCUCCUUAUCGAAGUCGUUUGGGCCUUCCAGGACUAUGGCGUCCUUGAGCCUGCGACGCACUCCCUGCUGAUGACGGUCCCGCUCCUGGUGACGAAUAUGGUAUGUACGGUGCUGAUGGCAGCAAGGUGUUGGUACUAUCGCCGCGACAUCAAGCGCUCCCUUGGAACCUCGAACCGCACGCGCAUCGAGAGCAUCCUUCUCAUCCUCGUCGAGUCUGGCUUCGUCUACUGCGGUCUUUGGAUCAUGUUCCUCAUCCUCCGUCAAACCUCCACUUCUAACGCCGAAGCAUACGGGGUCGUCAAGACCGCCUUCCACAGCCUCGCGGGCAUCUACCCGACCUUCAUCGUCCUCGCUGUCGCUGGGCAGCGCUCUGCGGCCGAGUCGACGAUAUUCACCUCUGCACCCGUCACGCAUCCCAUCGACUUCGCACCGAGUGACGGGGCAGGGGAGGGGAGUAGGGUCAGCGAAGGUCGUGGAAGAGGCGAAUAUACGACGACGGGCGAACUUACGGACGAUGAGACUUGGGCAUCGGCGGGUGGCACGUCGACCUCGGGUGACGGGUCGACGCAGGUCGCGUCGGAGAUGAUCAAGUUGGAACGGCGGAAGAAGGGGUCCCACUUUUUGAAUGUCGGCGGGGAGAGCUCUUCGUACGCAGAAGCGGGGUCACUGGGCACGCCGUAUGCGGUUACGCUUCUGCAGCGCCGGUCUUGCCCGGUCGAGUUCAGAUGGGUUAAGGGUCACUCGGGCAACAAAGGGAAUGACGCCGCCGACAUCCUCGCCAAGGAUGGAGCAGCUCGUUCUACCGCCUUCGCGCUGCCAAGUGCUCCCCCUUGGGGUCCGCCAGCUAGCACGCUCCCACGCUCCGCCCUGAAGGUCUUUACCACCCUCCCCUCUGCCCCUCCCCCUGCUCCACCACCUCGGACAUCCCAUCAGGAACAUACGGGGUGCCCGUACUACACAAGUCGCGCUACAACCAGUGCUACGGAGCCAAACAACACAUGA